AUGUUAAAAAUAACUAAAUUCAUUGCACAAAAUGCUACUGUUGUCAAUUUAGCUGGCAGCCGUUUGGCCCGGCCUGCAACGCGCUUUUAUGCCCAGGCCGGCAUUGCGGAAGGCAAAACCACAACACGAGACUCGGAUGAACCGAUUGACAUAACGAAUCCCUUCGAGAAGGACCCUCAGCAGUGCAUACUGUGCAAGAACAACAUCACCCCGCACUACAAGAAUGUUCGGCUGCUGUCACAGUUCCAGUCGUCGUACACGGGACGCAUCUACGGACGCCACAUAACCGGGUUAUGCAAGCAGAAGCAGGAGGAUGUUGAGCGGGCCAUUCUUCGGGCACAGCAGUGUCUGCUGAUGCCGGGGUACCACAAGGACCUGGACUUCCUGCAGGACCCAAAGCUCUUCGAUCCGGAGAGGCCCGUGCGGCCCCAUAAAUACUAGUUUGCACUUAAGUUUUGUUCACAAUCUGUUUUUAUUGCGGAGUAAUACAUUUUGCCACCGUGAA